ACUAUUUAUCUAGUCCGGCGGGAUUUUGUUAUCGUAUUUUAUAUCGGUCAUUAGUUCUCGUCGGUUUAAAACUGAGAUCACCUUUUCUAAAAGCACUUAAUACUACUCGUCGUGAAUCGACCCUGAUAAUAUUGUGCAUCGAGAUCAAGAAUGUACUUCAUGUAUGGUCAUGGCCUGGUCAGCCUCACUUUCCACGGUUUGUAGCAAAUUGCCAAACCACUUGCAAUAUGAAUCCCUUCCAACCAACGGCAGAGAGGUACUGAAUCGAAGCUGAUGAGUGCUCAGACAACCAAUUUAGUAGGUGCCCAAAAAGCCGAUGAUACUCGAGAAGAAUUGAUUUUAUUAGUGGUUCAUGCAUCGAUCCUAUUACAAUUGCGGCCAUUUUUGGUGAUGUAUAUAAUAUGUUUGCAAUAUGCAUGCCAUCCCACAAAGUGUAACAUUGCCUUUUUUCCCCGCUUUUUCUGUUUAGGGUUUGGCCAUUCAUCGUUUCAUUAUACAAUUUUGGCAUAAAUAUAAUAUGAGCUUGUUGCAUUAUCUCUUCAUCAAGUGAAACACUCUAUUGAGGAAGUCGAUGUGGUGGUACUAUACUAUAGUGGUUCCACCAACCAGUUGUUUCAUAUCAAAUAUGGUUUGUGUGAUUUGGCUAAUUGGUUUGAUUCUUUAAAAUUUCUUAGGGGUCGUUUAACCGAUAUAUAAGAGUCUUUAAUGUUUCAUUGUCCUAAUUCACGAGCGGAAGAAUUUGGGUCGAUACUGACAACCAUUUGUUAUAAAUGAAAAUAUCAAAAUAGUGAAUGGGGUUACACCCAAAUAUGAAAAUGGUGUUUACCAAUUGUAUUUUAAGUCGAACCACGAUGUAUGGACUUAUACACUUUUGUUUUACUGUUGACAUGUUGUGUAAUCUUUUCAUUUUUCAUAUUGGAUUAGGUUUAGACCGUUUGGAGAAGGUGUUAUAUCCGUAUCUUCUCAAUCUCUAUAAUAUAUACCUCCUAAAACAUAGUGAAUUUGCGCUCUCCUACCCGUGGAUAUAGCUAGCUAACACGUGCCAUACUAGUAGACUACGCUAAUCUAUGUAUCAUUUACUUUCUUCUAUUGUCGAUCGAUUUCCUAAUCCACACUGACGGAACAAAUUACGAACCAGCUGAAACUUAGAUUAUGCUGAUACGUUAGUCGUUACCCACCUUUUGUUUUUUGAAAUGGAGAAAAUAGGUAAUAGGAGAAUGUUAUAAAAACCUCUGUAAGCUCGACACGUCUUUGGUCCAUUGAAAUGUAAUAAAAAUAAAAAUAAUAAUAAUAGCUAGCGCAGGAGGAAAAUGGUGCCAAAAACAACUUUCCUCUGCAAAAAAAUUCUCCCCGCCAUUAAUAUUCCAUGAAGAGUCGUCGAUCGUACUUGCAUGCCAGAAUUCUGGAACACGUAUCAGCAGCCAUCAAGGGCGGCGUACCACAACUUGACACGUACCUCCCUCCACUUUCCAUUUCCAAAUUAAUACGUCAGACCACGUGUCGGAAUUGGGUUCGCUGGGUUCCAGAUGGACGAUGGCUAUUCGAGCUUUCCUUAGAGCAAUCGAUUCCAUUCCAUUCCAUGUAAUAUUAUAGUAAUAAAAGAACAGACCAGUAACAGAAGUACUUAAGAGUGGUUUAAUCUCGAUUGACAUAUUUUUUACAUCAUCGGUCGGCCGAGGAGAUGCUUAUGUUGUCUGUUGCUAAUGAUAAUUAAAGUGAUGAAAGACUCCUAGUCCUAUACGGAUUCCACUUUGAUUUGGGAAUAUAGAGACGAGUAGAAAUGACUCAACUAUUGACAUAGAAUCUUAAAUAAAAUCCAUACAAUCUUUUAUGAUCUUUAGUAACUUGCUGUUGAUUGAUGCUUUGGUUGAGUAGGAUCUUGAAAGAGGUGUUAUAAUCACAUAGUACGACUGUUAUAAUCACCUAAUAGUAGUUGCCACAAUUUCGAUCAUAAAUUCAUUCAAAAGGACAUGUUAAUGUUUUUUUGUUUUAUUAGAGUGACAAAAUUAUAUUUUUAAAAUCAAGUGCUACUUAAUGGAUUCGAACACGAGAUCUCUUCAAGACCUUCUUAAAAACCCUUCUUUAGUGGAGUUGGUGGUGUUGUGAAAUGUUUUUCAAUUGGUGCCUCCAGCUCGGUCUUUUAGGAGAUCCUUCUAAUGGGAGAUAUUAUCAUACGAAUACCAUCAUUAAUAAGGAGUUAAUUUGCUAUCGUUCUACUAUGGUCGGAGUGGUUCGAAUUUGGACUUUAGAGGAACCUUCACAUCAUCAUAAAGACACCCAAGUUUCGUUGUUCGUUUUGUCGACAUGAAUACCAAUAGGAAAGUUUAAUUGAUGGUUUUCGGCCUUUGUAAUAGUUCUUAUUUUGGUAGUUGACUUCGACAUGGAGUAUCAACUAUGUAUCUUUGUUAUUUUGGUUACUUAAGUGAGCUAUUAAAUUUGUUCAACAUUUAAUCCAUGGAUAAAAUUACAGACUAACAAUCCAUAUAAACAUCUCUUAAACAAUCCACCCAUGCAAAGCUGAGGAUCUCUUCUGUAGGAUUGCUGCGGGGAUGGGACGUUGUUCAUUGGGCUUGAGCUGGAGGAAGAAUUGUCCGUCUCAUUUGGGCUUGAAACUCUCGACGAUUGGGCUUUUAAUACAUAGAGAGGUAAUAGGACACGAGUCGGCUCAACGUAGAAGACAUAUUCAAGCAUUUCUUUCUUUCUGCCCAUGGACCCAAUAGAUACAGGCCCACUUUGAAAAGCCCACCAGCAAUGCAAGAUGAAAAAGAUCAACUUGCCCCUUUGAUGAAUAAAGAUAUGGGGUUGUUUGGAUGAAUCAAUUGUAAAACGAGACAAUUUGAUCAAUUGUUUCAUUAUACAAAACAAGUUAUUUAAAACGAGUCAAUUCAUAUUACAUGUCCCAUUCCAGACAAUUGUAAUUUACUCAAAAUGAGUUAAUUUUUAGAAUUCCCCAGCCCAAACAAAUUGCUCCAUCCAAUUUUUCUGCUGCCAAACGAAUCAAAUCAGACACAAUUAUCUCAAAACAAGACAAUUAUGCGAGAUUGAUCUAUUAGAAUUCCUCAUCCAAACCACCACCCCUAACAAAUUUUGUCUAUCAACCAUGUGAGGACCAAGGAAGGUAAUUGGGUGUGUUUGAGGCAAGCUAAUUUCAAAGCCAAGACUCAUAACUUCCCUACUUCACAUCUCCAAACAGCCCCCCAUGGCAAUCCAAUCUCGUAACUUUGCCGGAGGAAGGAAGGCGUGCACGAUUGAAGAAAGUCUCUCAACCAAAUCCCGAGGACUAUCGGAUUAGGUAAUGAAUGCUUUUUUGGGUUGGGCAGAAGCAAGCAGAGAGCUAGGCAGGUGCGGCUCUGUUUCAUUCAUCAUUCAUGUCAUGAUGAUAGUGUGGUAGGUUUCUUGAGAAACCUAACCAAAGUGGUUCAAUUUGGGCAAUUCAGGAUGAACCGAAUGGUUUUUCAUGGUUGGAUAUGGAACCAAAUGAACCAUCCCGGUUUGA